UUGUUAACUGGGUAGUGUACGGUAAUAGGACGUUGCUACUUUAUUACAACUGGACUCUGGAUCUCUUUUUAACGUUUCUUCAUAAUACCGUACUGUGCUGGAAGAGAAAAAAACAUAUUGGAUAUUGGAACAUAGAAUUUUUUUGAACAUUUUAAAAUCAAAAUGUCAAUGAAUUCCGAUGACUCCGAGGACAGGCCCCCAGCACCACCUGUCCGACAUGCUAGUGCCGCUCAUGGAAAAGGAGAUUUUGCAAGUCAAUCUACAACGAAACCUCUCCCGUCCCUUCCAGAAGAUAAAAAGAAGAAAAAUAAGCUAAAGAGUAUUUUUGUAGGUGAAGAUAAAAAUCGGAAACGAGACCGUGAACGACCAGAAAUAUCAUAUCCUCAAGAUUUUGAACAUACAGUGCAUGUCGGUUUCGAUGCAGUAACAGGAGAAUUUACUGGAAUGCCUGAACAAUGGUCAAGAUUAUUAAAAACAUCAAAUAUCAGCAAAACAGAACAAAAGAAGAAUCCACAGCUGGUCCUCAAGGUUUUACAAUUUUAUGACAUGACAGAAAAAAAGAAAGGAGGUGGAAAUAAAUAUAUGAAAAUGACAAAGAAUAGUUCGUUCGAAUCAUCUGCAGUAUUAAAGUCAAGUGGGGGUGCGAACAUUCCAGCAAUAAAAACGACGUCCGAUACAAAUAAUUGGAGCACUACAGAAUCGACGGCUCCAUUGACAGCAAAUGAAGAGGAUAUUGAUGAAGAUUCUGUGAAUGAGGAAUCUGAUGACGACCUGGAACCUCCUCCUAUUGUUGCUCCUAGACCUGAGCAUACUAAAUCUAUAUACACUCGAUCUGUGAUAGAACCACUAGGUGUCCCAAAUCUUCCAUCUGCAACAGGAGGCGGUCAUGCGCAACCAGGUGUGAACAAACAAACAAUAGAAAAACAGAAAAAGAAAAAAAUUUCAGACGAAGAGAUUCUCUCCAAAUUAAGGACAAUUGUCAGUGUUGGAAACCCAGAAAAUAAAUAUGCAAGGUUUGAGAAGAUUGGACAAGGAGCGUCAGGCACAGUUUUCACAGCAGAAGAAAUAUCAACUGGCCAGCAGGUGGCGAUAAAGCAGAUGAAUCUGACACAGCAGCCUAAGAAAGAAUUGAUCAUUAACGAAAUUAUCGUCAUGCGCGAGAACAAACAUCAGAAUAUUGUCAAUUACCUGGAUUCUUAUUUAAAAGGUGAUGAACUGUGGGUCGUGAUGGAAUACUUAGCAGGAGGUUCACUCACUGAUGUUGUCACGGAGACUUGCAUGGAUGAAGGACAAAUUGCUGCUGUUUGUAGAGAGUGUCUCCAAGCAUUGGAUUUUCUCCACAGCAGAAAUGUGAUUCACAGAGAUAUCAAAAGUGACAAUAUAUUGCUGGGAAUGCAAGGAAGUGUCAAAUUAACUGAUUUUGGUUUCUGUGCCCAAAUCACACCCGAACAAAGUAAACGUUCGACCAUGGUGGGAACUCCUUACUGGAUGGCUCCUGAGGUUGUAACAAGGAAAGCUUAUGGACCGAAGGUUGACAUUUGGAGUUUAGGAAUCAUGGCCAUAGAAAUGAUUGAGGGUGAACCGCCAUAUCUGAAUGAGAACCCCCUCAGGGCUCUUUAUCUGAUUGCAACCAACGGAACACCAGAAAUUCAGAAUCCAGAAAAUCUGAGUCCUAUCUUCCGUAAUUUCUUAGAAAGUUGUCUAGAAAUGGAUGUGGAUAAACGAUGCACUGCUAAACAACUUCUGUCUCAUCCAUUCUUGAAGCUUGCAAAACCACUGGCAAGUUUGAAUCCUCUCAUACUGGCAGCUAAAGAUGUGGCCAAACAGCAUCAAUGAAGGAUUUCAAACAUCACCAAUUCUUCACUACGAGGCCAAAAGUAUAUAAACAGACAGAUAAUAUAUCUUGCUGCAUGCUUGUAUUGGCCGUUGACUUAUAUAUAAUGGGACCAAUAUGCGAUAUUUUUUUCAUUAUUGAAAAGCAGACUUGUGAAAUAGGAAAAUAUACAUUCGACUUCAAAAUACUAGAUAUUUAAAACAACUGGUAAAAAUCUUAAUUCUGACUUCCAAGACCAGAUGGAGAUUAUUAUUUACACCUAACUCUGCAAAAACCGAAUCUUCAUAGCUAAAAGCCUAAGAAUAUGUGUGGCAUUUUAAUUACUGUAUAUCAUCGCAUAUAAUCCGCGUGUAUGAUAACCAAUCACAGACUGUUAUUGCCGUCAUAGCGAUAAAACGCAAGCAUUGACGUGUAUGACACCGAAUCGCAGACUGUUUUCGCUGUCAUAGCGUACCAAGCGUGUGUGUCUUAUCAAACUUAGCAUGGUUCGAGUUGUAGCUGUUGGAAUUAGGUCAGCAUAAUGUCAUUUCGUUUGAGUGCGAUCUGGGUUAUGCGUGUAUAAGCCAAAUUUUUAGUGCUAUCAGAGUUAUGCGCGUAUAAGCCGGACCCUCAGUUUUAAACUCGGAUUAUAUAUGAUGAGUUGACGAUAUAUGGUAUCUUUUGAAAUGCUCUUUUUCUAUAAGAAAUUUGGACUCAAAUUCCGACUUCGAAGCAUUCAAAAUUUAUCUUCGUGCUCUUGGAAAACCAAAUUGUGAUUUCAAAAGCUCUUGCGCAUGUGCAUUUCUUUAAUUGUCUAGUUAGAAUGCGCAGUUAAUUUGAUGUUUUUUAGGUUUCUAUUGAAAAUUUGGCUUCGAUUGUCGCGCUUAAAAAUCUGAAAUCUUGACUGUAGAGAAUAAAAACUCCUGUCCUGACUAUGGGUAAUUUGAAGUGACAAUUUUAGACUUCGCUCUGAGAAAACCAAAUCUUUAUUUAAAAGCUUUUGCAUUUGUGCAUUUCUUUAAUUUCCUAUUCAGAAUGCACAGUUAACUUGAUGCUUUGCAAGGUUAUAUUGGAAAAUUUGGUCCAAUUAUCGCUCUCAAGUCCAAAAUUUUGGCUGUAAAGAAUAAAAACUCCUGACAGUGGGCAAUUCGAAGUGACAACUCAAGGCUUCGUCCCCACAGUUGUUUGAAUCAGUGCGGAUAUCAGGUUUGCUGAUUUAAUUCAACCAUCUUCUACUGUUAAAUAACAAUUUUUUUUAUGUAACUAAUAGGGCUGGGCAUUUUGAAUCGAAUAGUAUAUUAUUUGAAUCGUUCCGAACAGGAAAUUCCAAUCGCCACCAUCUUGUUUUUUUGUCCACCUAUAGGUUGAGAUGAAUCCCUCAUUUUUUAAUGUCAAAUUUUCUAAAUCCAAAUCUGACAUAUGACUCUUCUUACGAGUGAAUUAUUGAUGAAACAUGUUACUUUCUGUGUGUAAAAACUCAGCGGUGUUAGAUUACGUGUUCUCACUAAUUUAUGUGUCUGAAGGACUCAUUACAAUGAAACACUCAAUACAAUCACAUAUCUUCCAAGUAUUCAAGAUUUGAAUAAAAAAAAUAUUUGAUUUAAUUCUGAAAUCAUCAGGUAUUUGAAAUCGUCCAGUCCUUGAAAUCAAUUUGAAUUUCUCUCAAGUCUAGAAGUUAAAGGUCCUUCUUUGAUAAAGGCCGGGCAUUGAAGUUUGUAUUCAGUUUAUCAUUGGCCAAUCAUAAACGAAUACUCAUCUACAGAAUUCAUCUUUGAUUUUUUAUUGGCCAAGCAUGACCAAAUGCUACCAAGCAAAAACAAAUACUCCUCUACUGAAUUUAUCUUUGAUUUUAUUAUUGGCCAAGCAUGACCAAAUGCUUCCAAGCCUAAACAAGUACCCGUCUACAAUAUUUAGCUUUGAUUUUUUGUUGGCCAAGCAUGACCAAAUGCUGCCGAGCAAAAUCAAAUACUCAUCUACAGAAUUUAUCUUUGAUUUAAUCAUUGGCCAAGCAUGACCAAAUUCUGUCAAUGUUCUUCCCAUGAAUGGUAGAAGAACGGCACUACACUUAUCAAAAUGAUAAAAGUGAUUUCUAAGUACAUUUAAUUUUG